AUGGCGACCAGCAGUCCCGGACAAUCGAUACACCUGAAGUCCCCACGUAGUCCCCGUCAACUGCCGCAGCUACCGCAGAUACCGAUUGGCGGCCAGAGAAGCCCCACGCAGCUGUCCGUUACUAAAACACCAGGUACACCGUUGGUAUUCGAGUUUCCGCCUGAAUACUAUCCCGAGACGCCCAACACGAACUUCGAUUUCGAAGAAUUCGGUCGAACGAACGAGACCGACCGAUCACCUCGAAGUCCGGGUUAUUAUACACGUCAAGGAUCCAGAAGCCCGAAGAGCCCAAAUAGGGACCUGUUGCACUCAUCCGGUAGGAAGUCCCCUGUGUUCCAGUUCGUCGACACGCGAAAAUGUCUCGGAAAGACGAUGAGCUAUCCACCCAAGAGUCCUGUCUCUGGGCCACGAAUGAUCCCGGCUAGAUCGUCCAGUUCGUCCAGCUUCGGUUCAAAAAGCCCGAAAUCGUUCGAUCCUAGGAGGAAUUCGUGUUUCGGGGUGAGUGGUUCGAAGACACCUAUGUCCCCCACGAUCGUCACACCGACGUCCCAUGGACUACCGAGUCCGAAGUACUCGGAGCUGAAUCUGGAUCAGCAGAACAGCACGAAUUAUAAGAGUAGCUCGAGGACUUCGUCCGUGGAGGGAUCGUUGAAGGAGAAGAACGACAGCCCUAAGGACAAGAAGGGUAACAAGAAGAAUAGUCAUUUUAAUCGAAGCCAAGGGUACCUGGACGAGGCUGGAAAAGGGCACAGCAACGGGGAUAGCGUGACCCUUGGUAAAAACAUUUCGAGGAAAUCGACCAGCGACUUGACGGAGAUUGAGGACGCGGACACGGAAGUGACGCUGCUGUCCAGUCCGAGGAGGAGAGGCUCGAUGAAAGGUGGACUCGCGUACCUGGCGUCCAGACGUGGCUCCCGUGACAGUCAGUGCUCCAAUUUGUCGAACGUCAGUAACGAGGACGUGGGCCCGUUGAAUUUCACCGCGCAUCCACGGGGCAGACAGCGCAGGACCUCGAACUUCCUCGAGCUACCAGUGCCAGAUCACAUCAGGCCACGUGUACACAGUUUACCGGAGAAGGCAUACAACCCGCGAGCCGGGGACGAUCUUUAUCGGUUACGUGCAUUCAGCAUCACCCAUAGAGGGAUCGUUAAUCGCGGGGAUUCGAUCAUUUCGAGGCGCAGCCGAAGCAACACGUCCGUCAACAGUAGCAGAAACAGUAACGUCUCGGGCGAGAGAUCGCCGUUCGACGGUUCCUGCUGCAGCGGACAGGGUGUCGCCGCGGACAGCACCGAAAGCGACGAGAUCGACGAGAUCCCCAAGUAUCGUGUCGUCUUGCUCGGUGACUCUGGUGUCGGGAAAACUGCCCUGGUCUCGCAGUUCAUGACCAGCGAGUACAUGAACACCUACGACGCCAGUUUAGACGACGAGUUCGGCGAGAAGACUGUCUCGAUUCUACUGGACGGUGAGGAAUCGGAAAUGGUCUUCAUCGAUCAUCCCCACGUGGAGAUGAGCGUGGAGAACUCGUUGUCGACGUACGAACCGCACGCGUGCAUCGUCGUCUACUCCAUCGUGUCACGCACCAGCUUCCAGAUCGCCGAGGAGAUAUUGAAUUACCUGUGGAGGGAGCACUACACUCAGGAACGAUCCGUGAUCGUCGUCGGCAAUAAGUCCGACCUCGUGAGAAGUCGCGUAAUCACGUCGAACGAGGGAAAGCAACUCGCGACGUCGCGGGAAUGCAAGUUCAUCGAGACGUCUAGCGGUAUACAGCACAACGUGGACGAACUUCUGGUGGGCGUGCUUAAGCAGAUCCGACUACGAGAGACACGUGACAAGAAGCUGAGACGACAGGGCAGCAAGGGGAAAAUCUUCUCGAAGCUUCACGGUAGCAAGACCGCCCUCAGCCUGAAUCUCGCCAGGGAAAUACUCAGCAAGAUGUGCUUGAACGACAGCAAAAGCAAGAGCUGCGAGAAUCUGCAUGUGCUCUAA